ACCCAUCUCCCCAUGUUGAAGCUCAGUAGAGAAGACCAUGACCAUCUCAAUGCCUAAUCAGACUGCUGUCACUGAGUUUAUCCUCCUCGGUUUCCCAGGGCUACAGCCCAAUUUCUUUCUUCCAGUCUCACUUACACUGUUUCUUGCCUACAUUGUUUCACUGAUUGCAAAUAGCACCGUCAUCAUCUUAAUUAUCCUGAGAGAACAACUCCACCAGCCCAUGUAUAUUAUUAUUGCCAACCUCGCUCUCUCCGACCUUCUAUUUGACACCAUAACGUUACCUAAAAUCGUUGCCAAAUAUUGGUUCGGAGCCGGAUCCAUAUCCUUCUUUGGUUGCUUCUUCCAGCUCUUCUGUGUCCAUUCCCUUGGAAGCCUCGACUCCCUCAUCAUUAUGCUGAUGGCUAUUGAUCGUUAUGUUGCUAUCUGCCAACCUCUCAGGUAUCACUCCAUUAUCACCAAUAAGACUGUGACUCUCCUGUGCUGCUUUUGGUGGGUCUGUGCCGCUGCCAUUGGGUUGAUGAUUGCUUUAAUGACUGGGCAGCUCCCAUACUGUGGCCCUAAUCUUGUGGGGAACUGUUUCUGUACCAAUGCCGUGGUGCUGGUGUUGGCCUGCGCUGAUAUCACCUUGGAAAGGAAAAAACGUUUUAUAAUUGCUUGGUCUGUGCACCUCAUCCCAUUGGCUGUUAUUAUACUCUCAUAUAUUCUCAUAAUCAGGGUUGUGCACUUAUCCGCCAACCAUGAGAACUGGCAGAAGGCAUUUUAUACCUGUACCACUCAUUUACUUGUCAUUGGCUUGUACUUUAUCCCCAGGUUGUUUGUAUAUAGUACCAGUCAGAUCCCUUUGAUUCUUCCCCCCGAUUUGAACGUCUUACUUAUUUGUCUCUACACAUUUAUCCCCCAUUUAGCCAGUCCUGUUAUUUUUUGCCUUAGAACCAAAGAAAUUAGAAGUAUUUUGGGGAAAAUGUUCAAUAGUUUACUCGGCUUGGAUUCUGAGCUCAAAUCUAGACCACAAUAG